AUGAGUAAGAUGAUCCGUGUGGACGGUCCUCCUCACGGUGGGGUCCAGUAUGAGACGGUGUUGGUCAUCAAGGAAGGCAGCUCCAUCCUCAAAGACAUGGCCUUCUCACUGGACCACAGCUAUCUGUAUGUCAUGUCAGAGAAACAGGUGACACAGGUCCCUAUAGAGUCAUGUGAUCAGUACGGGACGUGUGGAGAGUGCCUGAGCUCCGGUGACCCCCACUGUGGCUGGUGUGUCCUACACAACAUGUGUUCUCAGAAGGACCGUUGUGAGCGUGCAGAUGAGCCGUACCGUUUCACUGUUGCUCUCUCUCAGUGUGUGAAGGCCACGGUGUACCCAGACAGCAUUGCAGUGUCAGAGCCCAGCGUGCCAUUGCUGGUGAAGGUGUCUGAUGUCCCAGACCUGGCAGCUGGGAUCACCUGUUCCUUUGGGAACCUGACAGAGGUGGAGGGACAGGUCAGCGGUAACCAGAUCUUCUGUCUGUCUCCCACCGCUAAGGAUGUUCCUCUCAUACCUGCUGACCAAGACUGGUCAGGUGUAGAGUUGAGGCUCAAAUCUAAGGAGACUGGUCAGAUGGUCAUCAGCACGGAGGUCAAGUUCUACAACUGCAGUGUUCACCAACUGUGUCUGUCCUGUGUGAACAGUGCCUUCCGCUGCCACUGGUGCAAGUACCGUAACCUGUGUACCCAUGACCCCUCCAGCUGCUCCUUCCAGGAGGGACGCGUCAACGCCUCCGAGGACUGUCCUCAGCUGGUGCGGUCGGAGGAGAUUCUGAUCCCAGCUGGGGAGGUGAAGCCCAUCACCCUGAAGGCCCGGAACCUUCCCCAGCCCCAGUCUGGCCAGCGGGGGUACGAGUGUGUCCUCCACAUCCAGGGGGUCAGCCACCGUGUCACCGCCCUGCGCUUCAACAGCUCCUCUGUACAGUGUCAGAACAGCUCGUAUCUCUAUGAAGGGAUGAAGAUCAGUGAGUUGCCAGUGGAUUUUUCAGUGGUCUGGAACGGCAACUUCAUUAUAGACAACCCAGAUAAUAUCCAAGUGCACCUGUAUAAGUGUGUGGCCCAGAGGGACAGCUGUGGCAUGUGUCUGAAGGCCCAGAGGAAGUUCCAGUGUGGCUGGUGUAGUGGAGAGGGCCGCUGUACCCUGCGCCACCACUGCCCACCCCUCAACCCCUAUACCACCCGCUGGCUAGACCUGUCCAGCAAGAAAGUCCAGUGUACCAACCCACGCAUCACAGAGGUGACCCCAGUAGCAGGCCCUCCAGAGGGGGGUACCAGGGUGACCAUCCAUGGCAUGAACCUGGGCCUGGCGUUCAGUGAGAUGGUGGACAACGUGAAGGUGGCUGGAGUCAAGUGUUCCCCUGUGGAGGAAGGCUACAUUAUCGCUGAGCAGAUAGUCUGUGAGAUGGAUGCUGCCCCAGCAGACAGCAAAGCUGGACCAGUCCAACUGUGUGUCGGGGAGUGCAUACCUGCGCUCAAGACUCACUCUUCCCAGCUCUACUCCUUCGUGAUGCCGUCGGUACAGGGCCUGUCCCCCACCAGAGGGCCUGAGUCAGGGGGCAGCAAGGUAACCAUCAUGGGGGAGAACCUUGGCGCUGGCAGCAGUGUCACCGUCCUCUUUGGGAACCAGACGUGCGAGUUCUACGGGCGGACCAUGACAGAGAUCGUGUGUUACUCUGCCCCCUCCCUGACUGGGGUGGGUUCGGUCCAGAUCAGUGUGAGUGUGGACCGGGCCCAGGUCAAGGAGAGCCUGAGCUUUGAUUACAUUGAGGACCCCACCGUCCAGCGCAUUGAGCCAGAGUGGAGCAUCGCCAGCGGCCACACUCCUCUGAUGGUGACAGGAACUAAUCUGGAUGUGGUUCAGGAGCCUAGGAUACGCGUCAAGUACGGAGGCCAUGAGUCUGUCAACAUGUGUAAGGUUCUGAAUAGCACCAGUAUGAGUUGCGUUGCUCCGUCCCUGGUGGCAGAGUACCAUCCAGGCCUGGACACUGUCAAACAUGCUGAUGAGUUUGGCUUUAUCUUCAACAACGUCCAGACUCUGCUAGUCUAUAACAACACCAACUUCCUCUACUACCCCAACCCAUACUUUGAACCUCUCAGCACCAAUGGGGUCCUGGAGCAGAAGCCUGGCUCGCCCAUCAUUCUCAAGGGCAAAAACCUGGUGCCCCCGGCCUCAGGGGGGGUGAAGCUCAACUACACUGUACUGAUUGGGGAGACCCCCUGCUCAGUCACUGUGUCUGAGACCCAGCUGCUGUGUGAGCCCCCCAACCUCACGGGCCAGUACAAAGUCAUGGUCCAGGUGGGCGGUCUCCACGUAUCUCCAGGGGCGGUUCACAUCCUGUCAGACAGCCUGCUCACCCUUCCCGCCAUCGUCUCCAUCGCCGCCGGCGGAGGCCUUCUCCUUAUCAUCGUCAUCCUCGUCCUCAUCGCAUACAAACGCAAGUCGCGGGAGAAUGACCUCACCCUGAAGCGCCUGCAGAUGCAGAUGGACAACCUGGAGUCCCGGGUCGCCCUGGAGUGCAAGGAAGCUUUUGCUGAGCUGCAGACGGACAUCAACGAGCUGACCAGUGAUCUGGACAGAGCUGGUAUCCCCCACCUGGACUACCGGACCUACGCCAUGAGAGUCCUUUUCCCUGGCAUCGAGGACCACCCUGUUCUCAGAGAACUGGAGGUGUCAGGUAACGGCCAGCUGAGCACAGAGAAGGCUCUGAAACUUUUCGCUCAGCUCAUCAACAACAAGGUGUUUCUGCUAACCUUCAUCAGAACUCUGGAGCUCCAACGCUCCUUCUCCAUGCGUGACCGCGGCAACGUGGCGUCUCUCAUCAUGACUGCGCUGCAGGGCAAACUGGAGUACGCCACCGACGUGCUCAAACACCUGCUCUCUGACCUCAUCGACAAGAACCUGGAGAGCAAGAACCACCCCAAGUUGCUGCUGCGCAGAACGGAGUCUGUUGCAGAGAAGAUGCUCACCAACUGGUUCGCUUUCCUUCUUCACAGGUUCCUCAAAGAGUGUUCUGGUGAACCUCUGUUCAUGCUGUACUGUGCCAUCAAGCAGCAGAUGGAGAAGGGGCCUAUAGAUGCCAUCACAGGAGAGGCACGCUACUCCCUCAGUGAGGACAAGCUCAUCAGACAGCAGAUAGAGUACAAAACUCUGAUCCUGAACUGUGUGAACCCGGACAAUGAGAACAGUCCUGAGAUCCCGGUGAAGGUGCUGAACUGUGACACCAUCACCCAGGUCAAGGAGAAGAUACUGGACGCUUGCUAUAAGAACAUGCCCUACUCACAGAGGCCCCGCGCUGUCGACAUGGACCUGGAGUGGCGUCAGGGGCGGAUGGCCCGCGUGGUGCUGCAAGACGAGGACAUCACCACCAAGAUAGAGAACGACUGGAAGAGACUCAACACACUCAUGCACUACCAGGUGUCUGACCGCUGUGUGGUGGCUCUGGUGCCCAAACAGACCUCUUCCUACAACAUCCCGCCGUCAGCCAGCAUCUCCAGGACCUCCAUCAGCAGAUAUGACUCAUCCUUCCGGUACACAGGUAGUCCAGACAGUCUGCGUUCCCGUGCCCCUAUGAUAACCCCUGACCUGGAGAGUGGGGUCAAGGUGUGGCACCUGGUCAAGAACCACGAGCAUGGAGACCAGAAGGAGGGAGACCGAGGCAGCAAGAUGGUCUCUGAGAUAUACCUGACCAGGCUGCUGGCCACCAAGGGUACACUGCAGAAGUUUGUGGAUGACCUGUUUGAGACGUUGUUCAGUACCGUCCACCGGGGUAGCGCCCUGCCCCUCGCCAUCAAAUACAUGUUUGACUUCCUGGACGAGCAGGCGGACAAACACGGCAUCCACGACCAAGAUGUCCGCCACACAUGGAAGAGCAACUGUCUUCCACUGCGGUUCUGGGUGAACGUGAUCAAGAACCCCCAGUUUGUGUUUGACAUCCAUAAGAGCAGCAUCACAGACGCCUGUCUGUCUGUGGUGGCCCAGACCUUCAUGGACUCCUGCUCCACGUCAGAGCACCGCCUGGGCAAGGACUCACCCUCCAACAAGCUGCUGUACGCUAAAGACAUCCCCAACUACAAGAGCUGGGUGGAGAGGUACUAUGCCGACAUUAACCGUCUGCCAGCCAUCAGUGACCAGGACAUGAAUGCUUACCUGGCAGAGCAGGCCAGGCUCCACUCCACAGAGUUUAACAUGCUCAGUGCUCUCAACGAGAUCUACUCCUAUGUCUCCAAAUACAGUGAGGAGAUCACCAUGGCCCUGGAGCAGGACGAGCAGGCUAAGAAACAACGUCUGGCCUACAAGGUGGAGCAGCUCAUCUCAGCCAUGUCCCUGGAGAGCUGAGACAGACCACGGGAUUAGACGACUGAACCGGCCCGGGAUGUCCAUCAGCCACCCAACAAACAGUCCCGAUACUCACCGUGUGAUGGACACCGAACCACCACGGACCUGGGACAUUUUUACAUCCUCAAACAAAAAGUUUUGUUUUUAUCUUAUUUUCCUCUCGUGCCAUAUUGCCACCACCUGGCUAAAAGACGCCAUAGUCUCGGGAAACAUGGAUGGUCAUGAUGAUGAUGUAAGGUGGGACGACCACACCACACACCUCCAUAAAGGCUACAUGGCAUAUUUCUUUCCAAAGGAUAUUAUUUUUGUGUUGUGUGUGUAUAGCCCUGAAGGAGAGGUUUGUUGAGAGACAGAACAAACAGAGGGGAGAUCUUAUAGUCAGAUACACUCUCUGUCUGCUCAACUCACAACAGAGACACUGAAAGAAGAAGGAGAAGAGAGAUGGAGGAUAAAGACUUCUCAUGUUUGAUUCCAGAGAUAUUGUUCCUGAGUUUUGCUUCCAAAUGUUUAUUUUUGUAUGUGUACAUUUUGAUUUUAUUGGUUGCAGUUGAGCCAUCUUCCUCUUGAUACAUACAUGGACAUUGUUGUACUGUACAAAGUCAAAGGUUGUGUUAUAACACAUGUUAUAGGGUGGUGUAGCCAUCAGAAAGACAUGGUGCUAUGUCAUGUCUUGUCCUGCUCUCUGUUCUCCUCAGACAGUAUUACCAUUCCUUAUCAACAUGAUACUCGAGACCAAGUGGACAGAACACAGCUCUGACUGUAACCCAUCAGCCCUGUACAGAAACCAACCAAAUGCGUCCUCAUCGCACGAGAGCGAACGGAACUCAGAACAGACGACCUCUGGAGGGGUCAAAGUUCAACCAGCAUGCUUAUCAACCCCAAACCCCUUUACCCUGUGUGAUAAGAGAAAAUACACAGAGUAUGUUGGGUAUAAGAACAAAACAACAACCAGCACCAAACUGGUUUGUAUAAGACCCUCCUCAGCAGUAACGUCAUCUGUAUGUACUGUAGGUUCUGUUUCAUACAUGUCAAUGUAUGUGAAUGUACAAAAGCAGAUGUAGGUUUUUCUUUUUCCUUUGGGAUUGUUUUCUAAACAAAAUGGAGUUAGUUGAACAGAACUCUAUAAUGUCUAAAUAGAUGGCUAACUGAACAUGUACUGAAAACUCAUCCGUCCUAGUCCUUUGCCCCACUCACAAUGUUUCACUUGUUACCAAAUCUCUAUCUCGAUCAUAGGAGGGUGUGUACUAUGCCGUCUGUAUUGUAGGCGUCUUUGCCGUGGCUACGCUGCCCUUAACGUACAAAUACCAUAAUAUACUGGAGACUAGAUUCUAGAGGCCUGCCAAGAUGGGGACUGAGGCCGUUCGGCCGGUGGCAGCGAUAGUGAAAAUACUCCGUAAUAUAACCAUUGUUUGUAUCGCUUUUGGGGAUCAGAUCAAGUGUGUGUGUAAAACUUGCAUGCAUCGUAUCACAUGUCAGAAGAAGUGUUUUCAAGGUCUAUCUUUGUUUUUUAAGUGCCAAUGGAUCAGGAUAGCUGGAGAUGGCCAGCAGCUAAAUGUUAGCAGACGUUAGUUUUCUACCCAACCAGUACACCAACAACAAUGUCUUUCUAAAAGAUAAUAAGAAGAAGCCUGUGUGGGUCUAGUUUGAGUAAGUGUCAUUUAAAAAUGAUUCAGUGAUGUGUCCAAAUGGAUGAAUGAUUUACAGAGGGAGCCACAGCCGCGCCCUCAAACUGAAGUAGAGUCUGUAGAGAGGUGCUCAUGUAACUGGAAGCUUGUGAACAGGCAGCAGGUACGAAGGAAGGUACUGUAGUAGGCUCAGGAGAGACACAACUCCGUAUAAUAGUUACUAGUAGUAGUUAAGAAGAAAUAUCUCAACUGCAAGCAUGGACAAAAGAGGAUAUAAAUGUCAGACAUAAUGCAUGUUACAUUACCAGGUAGAUCUUUGGUAAGAUUGGAUUGUCCUGUACCAAACUUAACCCAUUCAUGAAAGGAUAUAUAGACUGACUUCCAGUGAGGAAUAAAAGGGAACCUUACAUGUACCUGUCAUAGCUGGACGACCACAUACUGUAGAUUCACUCUGCUGGAUUAGUGACCACCACCAUUCUGUUUCUCCAGACUGAUGUUUGCUCAUUGUUUACAUCAAGUACUUGAAACUUGGUAGUAUUAAAGGUGUACAGUAUAAUUACAUUAUUUAUGGAUGGAGAAAAUAUAACACCAAUGUUGAUGGAUGAAAGGUGCUUAUUAUUUUCUCUGCUGCCUUAGAACUCCAAAUGAACCAACCAUAAAACCAUGAAGUCGCUCUGGAUAAGAGCGUCUGCUAAAUGACUUAAAUGUAAAUGUAAAUGUAAUGAAAGUUCUCCUGAUUCUUCUUCACCACUUCAACAUUAAUCUACAGCCUCUGGUGGCUCCAUUUUGUUGAAUUUGACACUGUCCUUUUGACAAGGUACCUGGGCUGCCACGGUGUGAAGAAGUGAAAAGGUCCUGGUUCUGUACAGGAAGGUGGGCGGUGAUUCAGUCAUCUCACCAGAGCUGUUUGAAGAGUAGAGCUCAGUCAGAAAUUAGAGAGAGAAACAACUUCAUUUUUGUUCUACUUUUUCUCCCAUCGCUGCAUCUCCCGUACGGACUCGGGAGAGUCACCGGUCGAGAGCCAUGCAUCCUCCGAAACACAAUCCGGCCAAGCCGCACUGCUUCUUGACACACUGCUCGGAUAACCUGGAAGCCAAUCACACCAAUGUGUCGAAGAAAACACCGUACAACCGGCGACCAUAUCAGCAUGCACUGCGCCCGGGCCGCCACAAGAGUUGCUAGUGCGCGAUGGGACAAGGACAUCCUGGCCAGCCAAACCCUCCCCUAACCCGGACGACGCUGGGCCAUUUGUGUGCACCCUCAUGGGUGUCCCGGACGUGGCCGGCUGCGACACAGCCCGGGAUGCAGUGCCUUAGACCGCUGCGCCACUCGGGAGGCCCUGAGAAACCCCUUAAGCUCUGGUUUCCUGCUUUGAAGCGCUUUGAUCGGAGUGUAGUUGUGUGAUCAGGAGAAAACACAUCAACACUGGUAAAGAGAAAUGCAGUGAGACCACAUGAUUGGCAUGGUAUUAAUAUCUCCAGCCAAGGGGGGUGGAUGGAUAUAGGGAGAGGGGGGGGGGCUCUGUUGGCCCUCUGGUAAGCAGUAACUACUCCUGCUCAACACAAAUACUGUGUCUAUAGGUGCACUGUGAAUAUAGACACAGACACUCAUGCUCAAAUGUACCUUGUAUAUUGUUAUGCUAUAUUCUCCAGAGUAGUAACAGAUUAAAGGCCCAAGGCAGACAUUUUUAUCUCAAUAUCAAAUCAUUUCUGGGUAAUAAUUAAGUACCUUACUGUGAUUGAAAACAAUCAAAAUGGUCAAAAACAAAACAAAAUAGCUUCUCAGCAAGAGCAAUUUCUCAAGCAAAACUCCAUCCCACCAAAACAGGCUGAAAUUACAGGCGGUCUUUUCAAACAGCUCUUACACUUAAAGGGUAUUAUCAUAUUUUUCACAAUUUAACAGUAUUAUUCCACCUCAUGUUUUUGACUGCACUGGGCCUUUAAAGGAAAAAGUGGGAUUUGACUUGAACAAAGUUUGCUUUUCUCUUAAGGGAUCUUUAUUUAAUGUUCUGUUUUUGAUUUGUCUUUAUUUUCAUGAACUACCAUUCAUUGUUUAUGCUUCACUGUUCUUAAAAUGAUAAAUCUAACCUUGUCUUUUGGUCAGCAUGCCAUAACACCAAUAGAAAAUACAUUUCACACAUCGUAUUAUUCCUUAUCAAGUCUUAACUCACAUCUGUCUGCGUCUGACGUUUUGUGAAAGAGAUUUUAAUUGUUUUUUUUCAUACUUUACACUUUUGUAUUUCUUGGGAGAUGAUGACAUUCAAUAAUAAAUUAAAAGGUGAAUUUUGUAUAAUUACGUUUGUUUGACAUUCUGCAGUGCAGAAUUGAAUUUCACAGCCAGUUAAUGGUCUCUGAGACGUGUUGCAGUUGAUACACUUUGGCGAUAGAAUAUUAUUAAACGGCGACUUCAUUCCCACUACAGAAGACAUGAGACCUAAUUGAAGACGAUUGUGUACCCUUCUGCUCUUGGCGCUGUAGGUGAUGUAGUGAUGGGUUUACUGGUAUGUUUCAUUACUCUCAGAAAAACAAUAAUUAUUCACCUUUUUUCUUUUCUCAUGUCAGUCGGAGGAAUUGAACAUCAGAUUAGUAAUAUUCUCUUCAUGUCAAAAAGAUCACGGAAAAUGAAAUGAAUAUCCUUCUUCCAUUCUAAACACAACACAAUGUAGACAACCCUUUGUAGACACUGGAGUUCUGUAAUAUAAUCAAUACAAAUGAUGACAAUGAUCAUAAUAAUGGCUGUCCUUGUUGUUUUAUAAAAGUGUUGUGAAAAUUGUAAGAAGGUUAAAAGUAUUUAAAGAAAUUGUUCUUGUGUUUUUUUUAUUUGCUUUGGUUUUGUUAUGAUAAUAUAUUAUUGUGUACCUAUUGUAAAUAUGAAACACACCUAUUUUGCAAGCCAAGGAUUCACUUUGUACUGUUGUUAUAUAUAAAUAAACUUUGCUGGUUAAAAAACACA